UCUGACACGGACCCAAAAUAUCCAACCCAGAGGGCGCUGAUAGAGGAACAUGGCGAAUUUUCGGAAUAUUUUGAGGAAAUGGGCGGUAAAGGAUACACACUUCUACAGAAAGCGCAACGUUCGUUUGUGUUUGUAUAUAAAAUUCAAGCAAAGUACAACAGACUGUAUACACCAGACCUAGACAUUGAGGUUCAAGCAACCGAGGACAAUCGUAAGUUUAUUUCCCUCCCACCACUACCGUACGCUAUCUUCCUCGUGGUGCUAUCUAUGUAUAGACUCAACAGUAUUGGCCAGGCCCGGGUUCUCCUCGAUGACCUCCUGGUUGUACGCAGCGAUGAAGUCUAUGGAGUACGUAACUACCCCAUUUUACAUAAUCUGGUGGGGAUAUGUCACCAAUUGUUGGGGAACACAAGACAGGCCAUCAUGUCUUUUGAGGACUCGUGUAGACAACUUCCUGACAACCGAGCAGCUGCCAGUAGAAUUACCGAGCUACGACGGCACCAGAGAGAAGAGCAAGGUGACACAGACAUCGACGCCCUGGACUACUGCAAUGUUCCAUGUAGAUAUGAGCGAUACGAACUUUUAGACGAUGACGACGAUAGGUUGCACUACCAUAAAGUGAUGUAUAACACUGACCGUCGAUUUUGUUAAUAUGUGGGUAUUUUAAAGCAUAAUUUUCCAUCGCAGUAUCCCGAUUAAAGUCUGGUACAAUCACGUCAAAUACAGAUUUUUAUGGUUGUUGGAUAUAAACAAGAACCUCAUACAGUAGAUCGUCAAUUGUUUAUCAAAUGUGAACUUUAUCAUAAUGAUGUCGUCGGUACUGCGAGUUGCCUAGUUAAAAUUAUAAAAGAGACAACAGUUCAUGUAACCAUUCAAAUAAUUUGUUUGUGAAAUAGAUGAGCUUGUUACGUUAGUUAUAACCCCCGUCAGUGUCUGUAUGGUAUACUGUUAAACUACAGAGGUAGAACGACAAUUUGUUCGGAUAUGUUCAUAAAACCUAUGUGUACUUCAAAGAAGAAACUGGUGACAAUUAUCGACAAUUAUUAUUUGAUAGGGAAAUUGGUAUUUUAGUUAUUUGUAAUUAAAGAAAAGGAAAAAUGUAAAUAUAUUUUCGUGAGAAUUAUGAGAGACAUAAUCAGAGAUAUGUGAUUAAUACAUAUAUUGAAGAUUGUUGAAUUCAGGUGUUUUAUAUUGGGGAAAAAAGCCUUAGUAAAAAGCAAAUUUUAUGCUUGGCAUAUUUUUAUUUUUUUAAUGUCUCAUUUUCAUUUGACAAUAUAUAAUGUAUAAUGACCAACAAUGUGUCUCUCACUAAUUGUUCGAUGCGGUGCUGUUUUAACAUUGAAAUACUUAAUUUAAAAAUGUUUAAGACAGUAUUCUUAGGCCGAUAUUCUUCAUAUAUCUUUACGCUCGAAAGGAUCUAGGAUCACAUUAAUACAUGGGGAAAUGGGUUGUUUCUUAAAAAUUUUGUAAUCUCGAGUGAGUUUUAUAUUAUGAGGGUGUAUCUCGUUUCUGUGACCAUUCAAGACCGUAAUAUGUAACACACUUUUAUCCACAAUUAUAGCCAAAUGUGCAUGACGUAAAAAGGAAAACGCGGAACCUGUUUUAAGGCUGUUAAAGUUUUACGUCUGUUUAGCCUGUUUAAGGUUGACAGACUCCUGUAGUUGUUAGUUAUCUCACCUUUCUCUGGUGUGCAUUGAAGGCUGAUAGGCUGGCAUUGUUUACAUAAUUAUAUAAAGCUUUAAGUAUCGGUUUACUUUGCAUGGACGUACUCUGUACAUAACUGUAAAUGCCUCAAUGGGUGUUUUAGACACUUAAUAGACAUGAAGUGACAUACACAAAGUGACGCCUCAUAAGUCUCAACUUACCUUAAUUUUCCAUUAGGUUAAAUGUGAAUAUACUUUCUUCGGCAUAAAAUGUAUUGUUUAUGCAUUAAAAAAACCACUUUGCAAUUCUACUUGUUUUCUUUCCCAAAUUUUUCUAAAUGUGUACAGAUUUGUAUGUGUGCUAUAACUAGGAAGAAAAAGAGGAGGGAGUAGGGGAAUUAUAAAUACCUAGUAUAAGCUUUAACACUACAGCAUGUAAUACUCAAAUCAGCGUCACCCACUUCAGGUCCCGGGACAUUCAAGUGGCCUUAUGUAUCGAACUGUAUGAUGCUAUGAGGUGACUAAGCGGCAGCCAUGCAAAAUUGAGAUUACUCUGCAUGAAUGACUUCUUAUACAGAACACUCAAUAGACUAACAGUGAUCUGCUGUAUUGUGAUAGGGAAGAUACGUCAAUACUGUAGGCGAGGAGAAUUUCGGAGGGGAUAUAGUGGGGACAGGGGCAGGGCACUCCCUAAUAGCCAAAUAUUUUGACAUUUGGCCUUUUGGUUCUUUAAAAAAAGUUGACAAAAGAAAAAGUUGAUCAAAUAAAGAUGUAUCACCAUGUACAAGGUCACAAGCACUUUGUAUCAGGAGAGCUAAAACCUGUGGAUGUCAGAUUCCUAGCUAGAAAACCAGUUACUACUCUUGGUGUCAAGCUACCUUCCAUGACCCCCCGACCUAGCACACACACACGUGUCGUGUUAUCAAGAUACAAAAUCUAAAACGAAUAAUCAUCAAUCAAGUUUCCUUCACAUUUAUAUUGCUCUGAUAUUUACAUACUUACAUAUAUUUACAUGGAGUUUAAGCUAUGAAAGUGAGGUGUAUGUGAAAUAUAACCAUAUUCAAUUUAUCUUAAAUUUCUUCAUUUUAUGUUUAUAUAUACAUUUUUCGUAAGUGAACAUAUUAUUUAUUUAUUUUUAUCACAGAUAAUUUUGUAGAUUGAAACGCAUUUCAUAUUUACUAUUAGAACAACAAUACAAAAUUAAUGACACCUUUUGAAAAUGUUCUGACAAAAGUAUCUCAAAUAAAAAAAACUCUCUCCAAAAAUCAUUUUGUCUGAGAAUGUAGUUGUUUAACAUUUGUGCAGCAAUCAAAGAUCUCAUUAUAGGUCAAUGCCUGUUGAAUGUGGCUGUUCUAGUCUUGAACCCACCAUCUAGAGAUAUUGUUACAUUUAAUUGUUGGAUGGCCUGUCAAAAUCUUGAAUGCACCAAUCAAAGGUCUUGUGUCAUUUCACUCUGGAUUGUGGUUAUUAAACACGUUUACAUACACCAAUCAGAGAUCUUGUUAUAUUUUUCAUUCUUGGAUGUUAUAUCUCUGAUGCACCAAUCAGAGAUCUUGUUACAUUUCACUCUGAGGUGUUUCAUUGUACAUGGAAAAUCAUAGCACUUCCUUAGAGAAC